CUGAAUGUCAUUGGUCAUUCCUCACUGUCACGUCGUUUUGAUAGCAUAAAGCGAAUUUACUGUUUAUACGAAAAGACGCAUUUCUAGUUGAGAUUUACAGUAUUACAUUAUUGUAUUAAAGUUUCUGCUCCUCGGAUUUCAAAGUGGAUGGCCUCUUGCCUCGGCAUCGAUUUCGAAUCAGCUGCAAAGAUAACUGUGGAAUGAUGCGUGAGGGUGGGACAUUGUGGAGCAACAGCUCAGAGGGUCACAGCAGUGAUCCUGAAGAGGAUGAUGAAGAAGAGAUGGCGUUUGGCGAGACUGAGGAAGACUCUGAAGAGAUGAUGGACUUGAGUGAUCUACCUACAGCUCUGUUUGCCUGCAGCGUGCAUGAGGCUGUGUUCGAGGAGGACAGGCAGAGGCAAACUCUAGUUUCCCAAAACAGGCAUGUCCAAAGAUAAUGGAGGCCUUGUGAGCAGUACAUUUUAACCUACAUUCUGAAGCCAGCUCUUUAAGGCCCCGAGGACAACAUCUGAUGUUCACACUGCGUUGCCUCAGCGUUCAUGGAAUAUUUUUGCUGGCUGUUGAAGCUGUAACCUCUUACCUGAGGAGUGGAAGGGACUGAGAAGAGCUUUUACUUCCCUUGUGGUAGAGGAGAUAAGCGGAGAUGUGAUUUUUCUCUGCAGAGAGAGAGAGAGAGAAAGAGAGAGCAACAGAGUCACUCAGGUCACUGGCUGAAAAUAGAUCAUACCUGCUUCCUUCUGAAAACCUCUUGUGCUUCUCUGAAAACAUUAAACCUGAAUACGUAAAUGUUGUGUUAGCAUCCAAAGUAUUACAAAAUGCAAAAAGAAUCUUGUUCGUGUAGACAUUCAACACUAGAACUAAAACAUGUUUCCUUAUUUUCA